AUGGAUAUAAAUAAAUUAAGAAAUGAAUUCUUUCAUGAAUAUCAAGAUAGUGAUAUAAAAAAUAAAAAUUUCUUUUAUAAAAAUAAAAACAAAAAUGAUUGUGGUAAUUGUAAAAAAAAAAAUAUAUAUUGGAUAGAUUCUCAGAACUAUUUGGAGACAACCAAUAAUAAUCUAAGUUUAACAAAUCCUCGAAAUGACAAACAUAUGAUUAAAAGAAAGAAAAAAUUUAAUUCUUUCAGAAAUACUUACGAUCAUAUCAUAAAUUUUAUAAAAGAAAAUAAAAAUGAUAUGAAGAAAAUUAGAUAUUCUUUAUUUUUAAAAGCAUAUGAAAAAUCUGAAUUAUGUCAAAUAAAAAAACAAAAUAAAAGAGAAAAAAUGAACUUAAAUAAAUAUAAUAAAUAUAUUGAUAUAAAAGAUGCUAAAGAAAAGCAAAGAUUAAAAUUAUUAAAAUUAUUAAAAAGUUAUCAUAUUAAAUAUGAAGGAUAUACAAGUUUAGAUACCCUCUGUGAUUAUUCAAUAUAUUUUCAAGAUAAAAGUGUUAAAGAUACACUACUAAAAAAACAAAAUUGUGAUAAUUUUUUAUAUUAUUUAGUUACUAUAGGAAUUUCAUAUAAUGACAUAAUAAAAAUGGCUAGUGUAUUUGAAAAUAUGGAAUAUUUAAAAAAUUGUAAUUUGUAUAUGCUUCCUUGGAUAUAUAAAAAAUUGAAUGAAUUUCACAAUUUUGAUGUAAAAACAUUUGUAUUACAUUGUGUAGCAUAUUCAGUAGCUACAUUAAAUUCUUCUUUAUAUUUGUUUAUUAGAUAUAAAACCAUAGCUAUCAUUUUCCCAUUAUUUAUAACUUACACAUUACUAUCAGCACCUUUUUUAUUGCAAGAAAUAAAUUGUGGUCGUCUAGUUUUAGAUGGAUGUAUAUCUUUUUUUUGGUCAAUAAAUUAUUAUCAUUUACCAAUAGCAAUGAUAUUAAUUAUAUCAUAUUUUAUUUCUAUAAUAAAAUAUAUAGAUUUAAUAUGUUUACAAAUUUAUUAUUUUUCUUACUACUUUAAAGAUAAUAAUCCAUGGAUUUAUAAAAAUAUAGAUACAAAAAUAUGUUCUAAAUUUAAUGGUAGCAAAAAUAUUUGUAAUUUUUCCAGAAAUAUAUGUUAUUAUAAUGAAAGUACUAACACAUGUGAAAUAAACAAUAUAAAAUUGGGUACAAAGAUAUAUGAUAUGCUUUUAAAUAAUUAUGACAAAACAAAAAGUCAGACAUUUACAAUGGCUAUAGUACUAUUUUCAUUUUUCUCUUUAAUUUUAUAUAAUUUCCUUUCAAAAUAUAAAACUUCCCAUAAAAUUGUUAAAAUAUUCUUAUCUUUUCUAAUUCUACUUUUUGUAAUUCAUAUUUUUUCUAUUCGUGACUUUACGUUCAUUAGAUUUCUCUUUAACGAUUUUAAUUUUAGUAAAAUAAUAAGUAUACUUUCAAAUCAUGAAGUCUGGAUUUUAUGUAUGAUUCAUUGCACCACAAAUUUAUCGUUGCAUUCAGGAGUGUAUUUUUAUUCUUCAAAAGGAUUAAGAUUAGGUGUGAAUGUUAUUUCUUCAACUUAUUUUAUUAUUCUAUUUUGUUUUUUCCUGGAUAUACUUAUUUUUGUAACAUUUGCAAAUAUAAUUGCAAAACAUAUAAAAAAUAUAGAUAAAAAUUAUUAUUUUUUAAUAGAAUUAAUGAAAAAAAACGCUUUUUUUAUUUUAAUUCCUGUAGCAAAUAAUUACUGUAGAAAAUUUACCUUAUUUUUAAGUAUAUAUGUUGCAGUAAUCUUCUUAACAUUAAUUUUAUUAGCUGCAUCUAAAAGAGUUGAUAUCUUAUUUUUAUCUAUAAAGGAUAUAUAUAACUCUAAAGGCUCAAAGAUGUUCAUUGCGAUAUGGAUAUUAUUAUUUUUAUUUUAUUAUAUUUAUAGAGUUGCUGAUAGUAAUUUUAGAGUUAUAUUCGUAUCAUAUUUAUCACAAAUUUUUACUUUAUUAAUUUUACUCUGUGUAAAUUUUAAUUUUUUCUGGCUAAGCGGAUUAAAAGAAACAGCACAAAAAUUAGGCAAAUGGUACUUAGUUUUUACGGUUCUUCUAACAUUUAUUAACGAAUUUUUUUUAAUUUAUUGUGAAAUUCACUUAAAAUUAGCAAACAGAGUUUUUUUAUACUUUUUACGUCAAUUUAUAAAUAUUUUUAUUAUUCCUUUUAUUUCCAUAAUUAUUUGCCAAAAAAUUUUAAGAUUAAAAGAUAAUGGAUACUAUAACAAAAGUGACAUGAAAACAAUAAUGCGAAGUACUUUUUCGUUAGCCUUGGGAUGUACUGAUAAAUCAGCCAAAAUUCAAUUACAAUUUAUUCCUAGGUCAAAAUAUACAACAUAUUUCAAUAUUUUUUUAGUGUUAUAUUUGAAAUACUUUGGUAUAGAUUUAGUUUUUAUGUGUUUUUUAUACGUAGCAAAUAAUUUUUUUGUUGAAAAUGAAGUUUUUUUUAAGAAAAAAUAUUCAAAUGCUGGAAUUAAUGAAUUUAUUGUGUUAUUACUUUACAUAAUAUUUCUUUACGUAGUGUAUAUAAAUAUCCCAUUAUUUCAAUGGAUAAAAAAAAAGAGGUUUUUAAAAACUAAUAAUUUUAAUGUUCUAGAUUUUCCUGUAUUAUUUGAAGAAAAAAAAAAAGAAAAAAAAAAUGCAUUAUUUACAGAAUUUAUAGAUAAAUAA